CGGCCGCGCUGCCCGUGCGCUACUUCUUCAUCCAGGCGGCCAGCGCGGCCGGGCGCAACUUCUCGCGCUCGCCGCCAGGAGCAACACUGUUCAGAGUGGCGAUUCAAGCACUUUCUCCCAAAGAAACCAGCAGGAUUUACACCCCCAAGCCUCUGGAUCGGAAUGACGGCACUUUCCUGGUGCGCUAUCGGAUGUACGGGAGUGUCCGAAAAGGGUUAAAAAUCGAGGUGCUUUUUGGGGAUAAGCACGUAGCUCGCUCGCCUUACAUUUUGAAAGGACCAGUUUACCAUGAAUAUUGCGACUGUCCUGAAGAAGACCCUGGGACCUGGCAGGACACGCUCUCUUGUCCACCCCAAGAACCGCAGAUCGCUGAGGACUUCACUUCUUUCCCCACCAUUGACCUUCAGCGAAUGCUCAGGGAGAUCCCAACAAAAAUCAGUCACACGCGGGGGGCGAUGGUCCAUUACACCGUCCUCAAUAACCGCGUCUACCGCCGCGCCCUGGGCAAGUACACGGACUUCAAAAUGUUCUCCGACGAAAUGCUGCUUUCCCUCGCAAGAAAGGUGCAUCUUCCUGAUGUCGAGUUUUAUCUUAACGUUGGAGAUUGGCCAGUUGAGCAUCGGAAAGCGAACGACACCCCUGGCCCCAUCCCUGUCCUUUCGUGGUGUGGCUCUGUCGAGUCCAGAGACAUAGUCCUCCCCACGUACGAUGUAACUCACUCGACGCUUGAAACCCUACGUGGUGUCACAAAUGACCUUCUUUCUAUUCAAGGCAAUACAGGCCCUUCCUGGGAAAACAAAACCGAGAGGGCUUUGUUUAGAGGUCGAGACAGCCGAGAAGAGCGUCUCCAUCUUGUCAAGCUAUCCAAGGAAAAUCCAGAACUACUGGAUGCUGGCAUAACCGGCUAUUUCUUCUUCAGAGAGAAAGAAAAGGAGCUGGGAAAGGCUCAGCUCAUGGGCUUCUUUGACUUCUUUAAGUACAAAUACCAGGUGAAUGUGGAUGGGACCGUAGCAGCUUACAGGUUUCCCUACCUGCUGCUGGGUGACAGCCUGGUACUGAAGCAGGCUUCUCAGUACUACGAGCACUUCUACGCUGAGCUGGAGCCAUGGAAGCACUAUGUGCCCGUCAAGAGGAGCUUGGAGGACUUGCUGGACAAAAUAAAAUGGGCCAAGGAAAAUGAUGAAGAAGCAAGAAAAAUUGCUAAAGAAGGACAGUUAACUGCAAGAGAAUUGCUUCAGCCUCACAGGCUUUACUGCUACUACUACAAAGUGUUCCAGACCUACGCCGAACGCCAAGCCAGCAAACCUGAAAUUCGGGAGGGCAUGGAGCUCGUGGCCCAGCCUGGCGACGUGGACGCCGCCUGCAGCUGCCACAGGAAAACGCCGCUGAGGGAGGAUCUGUGACCCGAUGGAGAAAAUCACUCACGGCGCAAGAAUUUAAAUAGGAUUUAAGCUGUGAAACCUAAGACACACACUAGCAAACAUCCUUAGUUAGGUAUUCUGUGUAUUUGCCUCUUCUUUUCGUGCUGACUGUGAUCUGCAGUGGCGGUGCCCACCGUUCUGUCUCCAUGAUGGCCGCCGGGCGCGGCAGCUCCUGGGGCCUGGUCUGCCCUGCUGGGCCACGAGGAUGAAGAGCAGGGCGAGCGGGCACCUCAGCUGCACGGAGACCCCGGCACCCACAUCCCGGGCGGGCAGAUCAUCCCACGGGAGCGUUCACAACACAGCAAGUCAGUGUUAGGAUUCCUCGUAAAGUUUACCUCAGCGUUACAGCCGGUCUUGUAUACAAACCCAUUUUCUAACUA